AUGCCGGGAGCACCGCGUUUCACGCAAAAACCCUCCAUCAAGCAGACGCCUACGGGUGAUUUGUUGAUGGAAUGUGUGCUCGAGGCGGAUCCCAAGCCUGAAAUCGUGUGGCAACAUUCCGGCACUCCAAUGUCCCCAUCGUCCCGUGUGGAACAGGAGUUGAAACCACAAGGCGGAAAUCUUUUCAUUGCUAUCCUUAGCAUUAAGGAGCCAAACGCUGGCGAUGGUGGUGCCUAUCGUUGCACGGCUAAAAAUACCCACGGAGAAAGCAAUGCCAACAUUAACCUCAAUUUUGCAGGAGGUGGCGAAGAGCCGAAAUCCCGUGGUCCGACAUUUGUUGGUAAACCGCGUAUCAUUCCAAUGGAUGGAGGAGCAAGAAUUGUGAUGGAAUGUCGCGUCAAAUCCUCCACCCCACCAACGGCUAAAUGGAGCAAGGAUGGUAUCCCCAUUUCCGGCUCGCAAUUUCACGAGCUCUUUCAAGAUCUCGGCGAGCAAACCUAUCUCUGCCAGCUUGAGAUUCAUGGUCCAUCCACUUCGGAUGCUGGCCAAUAUCGAUGCACUUUGAAGAACGCUGAAGGAGAGACAAACGCAAAUUUGGCGCUCAACUUCGAAGAACCCGACGAGGAACCACCACCAGCUGAGGAGAAAAAGAAAAGGAAGAAGACCGAACGUUCGCCAUCAGGACGAUCGGAGAGAUCAGCCUCUCCCCGUCCUGGAUCACCAAGUAAAAAGAAAAAAGAAAGAGCGGGAAGUGAACGAGAAGGAACACCGAGAAAAGAAAGAAGAAGCAAGAGUAAAGAAGCGUCUCCAGGGAAAACCACACGCUCUCGCACUUCAACGCCAGUGAUGGGCGACGAGUUGACACCCGAUCAGGCAAAAACGCGACGUGGCAGUAGCAAGCUGGCUGAAGGGGAAAAUGGCUCAUCAAAGCGUGUCCGUGAACGAUCAACGUCAGCUCUCACCGCUGAGGAGAAAAAACAGCGCACAAAGAGCCCCGGAUUAGAGGAUAUCCCGCAAAAGUCCGAAGUUGAGGAGUCAAAAUAUGAAUCGUCUAAUUAUGGUCGUGAGACGACGACGAGGAAAGAUGAAGCGGUGAAUAAAGACUCCUCAUUGACCGAUUUGCCGAAUAACGCGCGCGAGAAGUUCCGACGAGCGCCCGUUGUCGUCGAGCCGGCUACAUCAAAGGCAGUCCGUUCUGGUAGCUCAGUGACGCUGGAAGUGGAGUGGCAAUGCCAUACAUCGACCACGAUCAGCUGGUUCAAAGACGGAACAGAGAUUCGAUCGAGUCGAGAUCACAUCACCUCGUUUGAUGGCCGUUAUUCCCGGUUGACCAUCAACAAUGUGACAAGAAAUCUCACUGGUGUUUACAAAUGCUAUGCUCGAUCCGAAUACGGUGAUGGAGAGAGCUCAGCGGCUGUUCAUCUUGAAGAUGAAAAGAAUAAUUAUGAGGAAGAGCAACUUAAAUCCGAAGAUGAGAGUAACUAUGCGAAAAGCAGGAAAAGUCCCAGUCCCGCUUAUCGCAAGAAAUCUCCAGUGGCAAGCCGAGAAAGCAGUCUCAGACCUGAUGCGAAUCGUGCCGGCUCCCGUCCCGCAGCCGAUGAUGAGAUCUCUGAAGUCGAUGGAAUCCCAUCAUCGGGCCUCACGAUUCCCGACUCGAUUCGUCGCGAGUUAAUGGGUGAAAUGGACAAUUCGGAGGAUGAAGUCUCCGAGUCCAUCUCCGAAUUGCCAUCCUUUGCUGGGGGUGCGCCGAAACCAGCUCGCAAGCGUGUCUCCACUACGCAAGAGCCACCAGCCGAAGAGAAGGCUAUGUACCAGAAUGCGCGCGAUCUCCUCAAAAAGAGAACCGCCGACUCGUCGAAAUCCACUGAAGCUGCGCAGAAAAAGACUCUUCGCCCGGUUGAAAAGCCCAAAGAUGAUCCACAUGAAUUCAAAAAGCCUGCACUAAAAAAAGUCGCAAAAAAAGAGCAAAGUGAAGGAGUUGAGGGAACAUUGGAAAGGACACAAUUGAAGAAAGUCGAGAGAAGAGCUGAUAGUGGAGUGUCGGAUCAUGAAGGAGGAUCGAGGAGGUCGUCGAUGGGAGAGGAUGUGUCUGAGGGAAAGAGUCGAGCCGGCACAUCCACCACAAGAGCCAAGACGCCGGCAAAGGACGGAAAUGAUCCGGAUAAUAAACCGAAAGAUGAUGAUAGUCCCGGACAAUCGAGGAGAGGAUCCAUGUGGGAGAGCGACUCGUCCCGUCGCGAUUCUGUCCGUCGUGGUUCUGUAGAUCUUCGUCGUGAAUCGAUCUCGGAACUCCUUGAGAAAGCUCAAACCCCGCUAAAAGCUGUUGGUGGAGCGGGAACUCCGGCGAAAAUUGUCGAUUUUGACGAAAGUGUCACUGUUCUUGAGAAUGAAACCGCAGCCCUGACCAUCAAAAUCGAAGGCGACCCGGUGCCAAAGAUUACAUGGAAAAAGGGAAUGAGAGAGGUGAUGAGCGGUGGCCGUUUCAAGCAGCAUACGAAUGGAGAGGAGAACAAAGCGCAUCUAGCGAUCAGCAAGUGUCGAAAUCAAGAUGAUGGAGUCUAUUCUGUGACUGUCUCGAAUUCACACGGUAGCGAUACCGCCGAGAUUAAACUCCUCGUCACCACCGACAACCAAGGAGGAGCUGAUUUUAGGGCAAUGCUCAAAAGAAGAGAUACCUCAAGUGGUCAACAAAAAGAGCCCAAAGAGAAAGAGUUGAGCGAGGCUGAGAGGAGACAGAGUUUGUUCCCGGGCAAAAAGGUUGAGCAAUGGGUGGAACCGUUGAAAGAUAAACGGGUUCAGCAAUUGACAGACAAAAUUGUCGAAUGGAAGUGCACGUACUCGCGGACGAACGCGAAAAUUCGCUGGUACAAAGAUAGGAAAGAAAUAUUCUCUGGUGGAUUGAAAUAUAAGAUUGUGAUCGAAAAAGCCACGUGCACACUCAUCAUCAAUAAUCCCGAAGUCGACGACUCGGGCAUGUACACUUGUGAGGCGAAUGGAGUAAAAACAAAUGCGAAUCUCGUUGUUGACGAGCCUCCAAUGAAGUACAGUUUCGUGAAUCCACUGCCAAACACACAAGAAGUUUAUCGCACAAAGAAUGGAGUCCUCACGUGUAAAGUCAACUCAGCAAGAGCACCGUUGAAAUGGUUGAGAAAUGGGAAACCGAUUGAUGAAAAUGAUAAGCGCUUUACGAUUGACAAGGAUCCUGUGGGUCGUUGCACGGUGACCAUUCACGAGAUUGUGCAAGAAGAUGAGGGAGAAUGGACAGCGUACAUCAGUGAGGAUGUACUAUCGAAAGUUCAAGUUUAUGUUGAAGAGCCACGAGACACUUUCGUGAUCCCAUUGAAAUCGCAAAGAGUUGACGAGAGAGGGACAACAUUUCUUGAAUGUGAUGUCAAUGAUAAAGAUGCUGAUGUACAGUGGUGGCACGAUGGAGUCAAGAUCGAACCUGAUGGUAAACAUUUCAAAGAAGAGCGUACGAUGAGAAAGCGUCGUUUGCAUGUGAUUGGAGCAAGGAUUGAGGAUCAUGGAGAGUAUAAAUGUAAAACAAAAGAUGACACGACGAUGGCUCAACUCAUUGUUGAACCCCUUAACAAGUUCAUCGUUCCUCUCAAAGACAUGGAUGUAAUCGAGAAAGAAACAGUUGAUCUCCGUUGUGAGACAAAGGACACAAAAACGCCUGGCACAUGGUUUGUUAAAGGAAAGCCAAUUUCAUCAAAACCUGGUGGGAAAUUCGAGUGUAGCUCGAGAAAUGGAGUGCACACAUUGAAGAUCUCGAAGAUCGAGAUGGGUGAAGGGGACACGUACGAGUUUGAUCAGGCUGGCCUUCGAGGCUCUUGCCUAGUCACAGUUGGUGAGGGUGAGAAGAAACCUGUCUUUAACUGGAAACCAAAAACAAUCGAGGCGAAAGCUGGAGAACCGUGUGAAGUGAGAAUCCCGUUCUCAAUCAAGGGACAGCGAAAUUUACCGAAAAUUCGCUUACUAAAGAAUGGACAACCCGUUGAUUUGGAUAAAAUGAGAGAUCUUGUUGAGGUGGUGAUUGAAGGCGACGAGGCAGUGAUCAAAUGGAAGAACCCAGCGCUCGCCGAUGCCGGGAAAUGGGCUCUCGAGUUGGGGAAUUCAGCUGGAACAGCCCUUGCACCAUUUGAGCUCUAUGUUAAGGAUAAACCAAAGCCACCGAAAGGCCCAUUGGAGACAACGAAUGUUACCGCUGAGGGCUGUGAUCUCAAAUGGGGAGAAGGAGAUAAAGGCGAGGAGAACCCGGCAAAAGCUUACAUUGUUGAGAUGCAAGAGGGACGAUCGGGUCAAUGGGCGAAAAUUGGAGAGACAAAGGGAGCUGGUUUCAAGGUGAAAGACCUCAAAGAACAUGGCGAGUACAAGUUCCGAGUGAAAGCACUGAACGAUGUCGGAUUGUCCGAUCCAUUGACUGGAGAGACGAUCCUCGCCAAGAAUCCUUACACUGUGCCCGGAAAACCGAGAAAUAUGGACUUUGUCGAUGUCGAUAAUGAUCACAUCACGAUUGCCUGGGAUCCACCAGAGGAUGACGGUGGAGCACCAUUGGAAGAGUAUAUCAUUGAGAGGAGAGAGAAGAGUGAAAAGGAUUGGAAUCGUGUUGGCUCGAUUGCGCAUGAUCCAAAAGAGGCUAAGCAGACGUUUACUGAUGAACGAGUGGUGGAGGGAAAAGAGUAUUAUUACCGGAUCAAAGCCGUCAACAAAGCCGGUCCCGGUGAGCCUCGUUUCAUCAAAGGCGGCAUCAAAGAUCAACGCUUGAAAGUGGGUGAAACGAUCAAAUACGACGUGCCGAUCUCUGGAGAACCGACGCCUGAAGUGAGCUGGUUGGUGAAUGGAAAACCACUGAAACCGGGCGGUCGAGUGAAGAUGACAACAGAAAGGGGAAGACACGUGUUAAAGAUCGAGAACGCUGAGCGCGGUGAUUCGGGCAAGUUCACGAUUGUGCUCAAGAAUCCGUCGGGCACUUGCGAAGACUCGGCCGUGGUCACCGUUGUGGGUAGACCGGCGCCACCAGAGGGCCCACUUGACGUGAGUGAUGUGUGCGCUGACGGAGCGACAGUCGGCUGGAAUCCACCAAAAGAUGAUGGAGGAGAUCCGUUGACUGGAUACAUUGUUGAGGCACAAGAUUUGGAUCAAAAGGGCAAAUUUGUUGAGGUCGGCCGAGUCGACCCGGGCACCACGAAUCUCAAAGUGAAAGGCCUCAAGAACAAGGGAAACUACAAGUUUAGAGUCAAAGCCGUGAACAACGAGGGAGAAUCGGAGCCACUCACUGCUGAUGAUUACACGACGAUCAAGGAUCCGUGGGAUGAACCGGGAAAACCCGGGCGUCCGAUGGUCACCGACUAUGACGCCGAUCGGAUUGAUCUUGCCUGGGAUCCGCCAUUGAAAGACGGUGGAGCCCCAAUUGAGCAAUACAUUGUUGAAGUGAGAGAUCCGGUGACAAAAGAAUGGAAAGAGAUCAUGAGAUCACCAACGACGAAUGCUUCGGUGAAAGGACUCAAGGAGGGAUCUGAAUAUCAAUUCCGAGUGAGAGCUGUGAACAAGGGCGGCGCCGGUCAACCCUCGGAACCAUCUGAGAAACAAAUGGCUAAGCCGAAAUUCGUGCCUGCUUGGCUGAAACACGAAUGCCUUCGAUCGAUCACUGUGAAAGCCGGACAAUCUGUGAGAUGGGAUGUGAAGAUUGGAGGAGAACCACCACCGGACGUAACCUGGACAAGAGACGGAAAAGCCGUUGAGAUGAACGCUCGGCUCUCGAUUGAGACAAAGAAAACCGAUCACACGAUUCUCUGCAUUUCAGCGGCAGCUCGAGGCGAUAUUGGAGAAUAUCGGUUGACAGUGAAAAACUCCUAUGGAGAGGAUACCGAGGCGGCAAAUCUUACGGUGCUCGAUCGCCCCGCGAAACCUGAGGGUCCACUUGAGGUCACCGACGUCUUCGAAGACAAUUGCAAUCUCGCCUGGAAACCACCAAAGGAUGAUGGCGGUGAGCCGAUCGAGUACUACGAGGUUGAGAAGCUCGACACAUCCACUGGCCGAUGGGUACCGUGUGCCAAAGUGAAAGACACAAAGGCACAUAUUGAUGGCUUGAAAAAGGGACAAACGUAUCAAUUCCGUGUGAAAGCCGUGAAUAAAGAGGGAGCAUCGGAUGCGUUGAAUGCUGAUAAAGAGACCAAAGCGAAGAAUCCGUACGAUGAACCCGGAAAACCCCCGCCACCCGAUAUUGUUGAUUGGGAUUCGAACAAGGUAUCCCUUGCCUGGGAACCUCCAAGCUCUGAUGGUGGUGCACCGAUCACUGGCUACAUCAUUGAAAAGAAAAGCAAACACGGAAAAGAGUGGCAAGAGUGCGCGAAAGUUGGUCCUCAAUGUGAAGCGGAUGUAUUGAAUCUGAAAGAAGGAGAAGAAUAUCAAUUCCGGAUCAAAGCUGUGAACAAAGCUGGCCCAGGAGAAGCCUCGGAUCCAUCACAACGUGUCACCGCUAAGCCGAGAAAUCUAAAGCCAUGGAUUGAUCGAGAGGCGAUGAAGACGAUCACCGUUAAAGUUGGACAAGAUGUAGAAUUUGAUGUGCCAGUGCGUGGUGAGCCACCACCGGACAAAGUGUGGACGUUCAAUGAGAAACCGAUCUCUGAUAAGAUUCGGGUGAACAAUGAGGACUAUCGAACUCAUUUUGUGCUGAAGGGUGCGCAAAGAGCCCAAGCUGGAAAAUAUACACUGACUGCAACGAACGCUAGUGGAAAAGACUCGCACACUGUCGAGGUGAUCGUGCUGGGGAAACCCGGAGCACCGAUGGGACCUUUGGAUGUGACGGAUGUGUUUGAGGAUCAUUGCACAUUGGAAUGGGCACCGCCUGAGGAUGAUGGUGGUUGCCCGAUUGAUCACUAUGAGAUAGAGAAAAUGGAUAUGGCCACGGGUAGAUGGGUUCCUUGUGGAAGAUCGGAUGGCACGACGACUCAAGUGGCGAACUUGCAACCCGGACACGAGUACAAGUUCAGAGUCAAAGCCGUUAAUAAGGAAGGAGAGUCAGAGCCGUUGACAGCAGACACGGCCAUCGUCGCCAAAAAUCCAUAUGAUUUACCUGGAAAGGUUGACAAACCAGAGCUUGUUGAUUGGGAUAAAGAUCAUGUGGAUCUUGCUUGGAAACCAGUGAAUGAUGAUGGAGGAGCACCCAUUGAAGCUUAUAUCAUUGAGAAGAAAGAUAAGAGAGGACGAUGGGAAGAGGCGCUUGUUGUGCCUGGUGAUGCGACAGCGGCUACGAUUGAUGGCUUGAAAGAAGGCGAAGAAUACCAAUUCCGCAUUAGAGCUAAAAACAAGGCUGGCAAAGGAGAAGCGUCUGAUCCAACGGACACCGUUGUGGCUAAAUGCAGAAAUUUGCCACCACACAUUCAUCGCGAAGACAUUGAGGAUCAUGUUUUACGAGUGGGCGGCGCUGUUGAUUUCAAGAUUCACAUCGAUGGAGAACCGGCACCGAAUGUCACCUGGACUUUCACUGGUGGAUCAGUGCAUGGUGCCGGCGUUCAAACAGACGAUCAAGAUUACCUCUCUCGUUUCUGUAUCCCGAAAGCCACGCGGAAACAAAGUGGCAAGUAUACAAUCACUGCCACAAACGAGAAUGGAACUGAUUCGGUGACAUUCGAAGUGAAAGUGAAAGGAAAACCCGGGAAACCGAAAGGACCGCUUGAUGUAACUGAUGUGUUUGAGGAUCGAUGCAAUUUAGACUGGAAACCACCAGAGGAUGACGGCGGAGAGCCGAUUCAAUUCUACGAAAUCGAGAAGAUGAACACAAAAGACGGAUUGUGGGUCCCAUGUGGUCGCACAGCUGACACAAAAUUCCAAGUGGACACCCUCAACAAAGGGGAUCACUACAAAUUCCGUGUCAAGGCAGUGAACGGCGAGGGAGCCUCAGAACCAUUGGAAAACGAGGCGGAGAUUCUUGCAAAAAAUCCCUACGAGAGACCGGAUAAACCCGGGAAACCUGAGCCAACCGAUUGGGACUUUGAUCAUGUUGAUUUGAAAUGGGAUCCACCAUUGAACGAUGGAGGCGCGCCUAUUGAAGAGUACCAAAUCGAGAAGAGAACAAAAUAUGGACGAUGGGAACCAGCAAUCAGUGUCCCUGGUGGUCAAACGACAGCCACUGUGCCUGAUUUGACACCAAACGAAGAAUACGAAUUCCGUAUUGUUGCUGUGAAUAAAGGAGGACCUUCUGAUCCAUCAGAUCCAUCAAAACCCGUUAUAGCGAAACCAAGAAAUCUGGCUCCAAAGAUCGACCUUGGCGCUUUGAAAGACAUCACCAUUCGUGCUGGCCAAAUUUUGGCUUUCGAUGUACCCGUUGACGGAGAACCAACCCCAACACUCACCUGGUCUGGCCCUGGAGGAAAAGAAUUGAAAAAUGGAGGCAGAAUCAAAUUGGAAAAUCCACCGAAUGUCACCAAAUUCCAAAUGCGUCAAACUGAACGCGGAGACACUGGAAAGUACACGUUGAAGGCACAAAAUGAGAAUGGAACCGAUUCGGCUACGUGCAAUGUGACCGUCAUCGACAAACCAUCCCCGCCACAAGGCCCACUUGAGGUCUCAAAUGUUCAAGCGAAUCAAGUGACUCUUGAUUGGAAACCACCAGAGGAUGAUGGAGGAGUUCCAUUGGAGAAUUAUCUCAUCGAGAAAUUCGACACAGCCACUGGCAGAUGGGUACCGGCGUUGAAGGUACCCGCCGGGCAAACAACCGCCAAUGUGGAUGGACUUCUUGAAGGUCAUGAAUACAAAUUCCGCGUUUCUGCAGUAAACUCUGAAGGAGAAUCGGCUCCAUUAGAGACAUUUUCUCCAAUUGUCGCUAAGAAUCCCUACGAUAAACCGGGUAAACCCGGACAACCUGAAGUCACUGAUUGGGAUAAGGAUCAUGUUGAUCUUAAGUGGACCCCACCAAAAGAUGAUGGAGGCGCACCAUUGGAGAACUAUGUGAUCGAGGUGAAAGACGAAUUCUCACCAAAUUGGAAAGAAAUCAAAACGGUGCCCGCCGGUCAAACGGAAGCAUCGGUGAAUGGAUUGAAAGAGGGAGAGAAGUACACUUUCCGAAUUCGAGCCAAGAACAAAGCUGGAACUGGAGACCCCUCCGAUCCAACGAAUUCUGUCACAUGCAAGCCGAGACAUUUGGCGCCGGUGAUCGAUCGAAAUUCGAUUCAAGAGUUGCGCGUGCGAGCCGGUCAAGACUGUGGAUUAGUGAUUCCAGUGAGCGGAGAACCACCACCACAGAUCACCUGGACUUUUGCUGGCGAACCAGUGGAAUCAGAUGAUCGUAUCCGGGUGCAAGCCGAGGACUAUAAGACCAAGUUCAGCAUCAGAAAAUCGAAGAGAGAAGACGCGGGCACGUAUCUGAUCACAGCGAAGAAUGAGAGUGGAGUGGAUACGGCUGAGGUGAAAGUGAUCGUUCUUGAUCAUCCAACGAAACCACGCGGUCCGUUGAACGUCUCAAAUGUGACGAAAAACACCUGUGAUCUUGAUUGGAAACCACCAGAGGAUGAUGGCGGAGCUGAAAUCUCUCACUAUGUAGUGGAGAAACAAGAUCAGGCAACUGGUCGCUGGGUUCCAUGCGGAGAAAGUCAAGACACUCACAUGAAAGUCAACGAUCUCACGCCCGGACACGAGUACAAAUUCCGAGUGAAAGCUGUGAAUAGAUAUGGUGACUCUGAUCCACUGGAGGCUGACACAUCGAUCGUUGCCAAGGAUCCAUUCGAUACGGCUGGAAAACCAGGAAUCCCUGAGAUUACCGAUUGGGACAAGGAUCGAGCUGAUCUCAAGUGGGCUCCACCUAGCGACGAUGGAGGCGCUCCUGUUGAACAAUAUCUCGUUGAAAUGCGUGAUGGGAAUGGAAAUUGGGUGGAAGCGGCCGUUGUGCCCGCAGAUCAGACAACAGCCUCGGUGAAAGGAUUGAAAGAAGGACAUCAAUAUCAAUUCCGAGUGAAAGCCAUUAACAAAGCCGGACAAUCGGCUCCAUCCGAUCCAUCGAGACAUUUGUUGGCAAAGGCUAGACAUGUUCCACCAAAGAUCGAUCGGAAAAUGUUCGAGGAUUUGAAAGUUCGUGCUGGACAACCGAUCAAAUUUGAUGUAAACGUCGAGGGAGAACCCCAUCCAGUCAUCGAGUGGUUCUACAAUGGAGUACCGCUUAGAUCCGAUGAGAGGGUUAAGAUUGACAAUACAGCUGAUCAUAACACCAAGUUGACGACAAGAGACGCGCAAAGAGUCGACGCUGGCAAGUACAAGAUUGUCGCCACAAAUGACAGUGGAAAGGAUGAGCACGAGGUUGAUGUGAACGUGCUUGAUGUCCCUAGUGAUCCAAAGGGACCACUCCGAGCCGAUGACAUCACCAAGGAUAGUGCGGUGAUCUCGUGGAAAGAACCCGAGGAUGAUGGUGGAUCACCGAUUACUGGCUAUAUUGUUGAGAAACAAGAAGAUGGUGGAAGAUGGGUACCGUGCGGUGAAACAGACGGCACACAACUUAAAGUCGGCAAACUCAACGAGGGACAUGAAUACAAAUUCCGGGUUCGAGCUGUGAACAGACAAGGCCAAUCGGGAAAUCUUGAGUCACGCGAUUCAAUUGUCGCCAAGAAUCCCUUCGAUGAACCCGAUCCACCAACGGAUGUCACACCAGUUGAUUGGGAUAAAGAUCAUGUGGAUCUCGCUUGGAAGGCCCCGGCAAAUGACGGUGGAGCACCGAUUGAGAAAUACAUCGUCGAAAAGAAAGACAAAUACGGAGAUUGGGUCGAGUGCGCUGUGGUGCCCGGUGAUCAGACAAAGGCUACUGCUCCAAAUCUGACUCCCGGGGAAACGUACCAAUUCCGGGUGAAAGCUGUGAACAAAGCUGGCCCUAGCAAGCCAUCUCAAGCCACAGGGCCAGUGGUGGCGAAAGCAAGACGACAAGCGCCAAAGAUCAAUCUCGAUGGAUUGACGGAUUUGAGAGUGAAAGCCGGGACACCGAUCAAAAUCGACGUCUCGUUUGAGGGAGCACCCGCUCCAACAGCCACCUGGAAAAUCGGCGAUAAGCCGGCAGCUGGCGAUGAUCGAGCUGAGGUGAAAUCCACCCCAAGCACCUCAUCGCUCGUGAUCCCAGCUUGUCGAAGAGGUGACUCUGGUCAAUAUUUCAUCACAGUUGAGAAUGAAUUCGGCAAGGAUACCGCUAAAUGCAAUGUCACCGUUUUGGAUGUACCCGAAGCGCCGAAAGGACCAAUGAAAAUUGGAGACAUUCACAAAGAGGGAUGCACUUUGCAAUGGAAACCACCAGAGGAUGAUGGAGGAUCGGAUAUCUUGCAUUAUGUUGUUGAGAAGAUGGACACGACAAGAGGCACUUGGCAAGAGGUUGGCCAAUUCCCCGACUGUGAGGCCAAGGUGACCAAACUGCAACCGGGCAAAGAGUACCUCUUCCGCGUGAAAGCUGUCAAUUUACAAGGCGAGAGUAAACCGCUUGAAGCCGACGAGCCGAUCAUCGCGCGAAAUCGCUUUGAUGUCCCCGAUGCACCUGAGAAACCGGAAGUGACCGAUUGGGAUAAAGAUCGUAUCGAUAUCAAGUGGAAUCCACCGGCCAACAAUGGAGGAUCGCCGAUCAAGGGAUACAUCGUCGAGAAGAAAGAGAAAGGCUCAGCAAUGUGGGUGGAAGCAGGUCGACCAACAGGCACCGCGUUCUCAGCCACAAAUCUGAAGCCAGGCGUGGAAUAUGAACUCCGUGUGAAAGCGAUCAAUGAAGCCGGAGAGUCGAGACCGUCGGAUCCAUCCGAUUCCCAGAUCACUAAGGCUCGCUAUGUAAAGCCGCAGAUAAUGACUCGAGAUCGAAAGAUUAAAAUCAAAGCCGGACACACUCACACCAUGGAAAUUGACUUUAUCGGAUCGCCUGAGCCAACUGCUGUUUGGACGAAGGAUGGAAAGGAGGUCCCUGCCGAGUUGAUGGUCGACAAGAAGACCGGCAAAGCCUCAAUCUUCUUCCCAUCAGCAAAACGAGAACAAAGUGGCACCUACAAGUUGAAAUUGAAGAAUGAUAUUGGGGAAGAUGAGGGAGAUUUCGAAGUUGUCGUCCAAGAUCGACCAUCACCUCCAGAAGGACCUCUCGAAGUGUCCGAUGUAACGAAGGACAGCUGUACUCUUGCAUGGAAUCCGCCAAAGGACGACGGUGGCUCAGAAAUCACGAACUAUGUGGUCGAGAAGCGAGACAUCAAAUCAGGCACCUGGACACCGGUGUCGAAUUUCGUCGCUGGAACUACUUGCACUGUGCCCAAGCUACAAGACGGACACGAAUACGAAUUCCGUGUCGUCGCGCAAAACGCUUUCGGCUCCUCCGAUCCGUUGACAACCGAUCGCCCAGUGCUUGCCAAAGAUCCAUUCGGCACUCCUGGAAAACCAAGCAAGCCACAGAUCACCGACACUGACAAUGAUCAUAUUGAUAUUCAGUGGGAUCCGCCAAGAGACAACGGCGGAUCACCGAUCUCACACUAUGAUGUAGAAAGAAAAGAUGCGAAGUCAGGCAGAUGGAUCAAGGUGAACACGCAACCAGUGAUGGGCACAGCAUUCAAAGAUGAACGAGUGCAGAAAGAUCACACUUACGAGUACAGAGUGGUUGCGGUGAACAAAGCGGGACCUGGAGAACCAUCAGAUCCAUCGGAUCCUGCCACAGCGAAACCGAUGUUCGAAGCACCGAGAUUCGACUUGGGAAUCGACGGAAAAGAGUUCCGAGUGAAAGCCGGAGAUCCGUUACUCAUCCAGAUUCCGUUCUCUGGAUCACCGAAACCUGAGAUCUCGUGGACAAGAGAUGGCCAACCGUUGCCAAACAUUGACACCACUGACUCUAUCACACAACUGCAUAUUUUGACGGCGAGAAAGUCGGAUGCUGGACCGGUGAAAAUUCGAGCCGUCAACAAAUUGGGCGAAGCGGAGGCGAAUAUCAAGAUCACGGUGAUUGAUCGACCAUCGCCACCCGAGAAUCUCACCUAUCCGGAGAUUUCCCGACGAUCGGCUACACUUAAAUGGGAUCCACCGAAAGAUGAUGGUGGUGCGGAGAUCAUUGGCUACAAGAUCGAAUACCAACAAGAGGGAUCGAUGUUCUGGGAGAAAGUGCCGCAAACUGUUGCCGCCACGCAAUUCACUGUUAGGGGAUUGGAGCACGGGGCACGGUAUCGCUUCCGCAUUCGAGCCGAGAAUAUGGCUGGAUUGUCGGAUGAUUUGACUGGCAUCCCCAUUGUGAUCAAGGAUGACUUUGACCCACCAGGCGCUCCAAGUACUCCCGAUAUCACUGGCUAUGACACCAACUCGGUUUCUCUCAAAUGGAAUCCACCAAGAGAAGACGGUGGUUCACCGAUUUUGGGCUACGUGAUCGAGAGAUUUGAGAAGAAAGGUGGAGGCGAUUGGGCGCCGAUUCGAAUGCCGUUAAUCAGAGGCACCGAGACGACGAUCAGAAACCUCUUUGAGGGUGAAACCUAUCAAUUCCGCGUGCGCGCUGUCAACGCUGCUGGCGAGGGUCCACCAAGUAAUGGAAGUGAACCUGUCACUUGUAAACCGUUCGUUGUGCCACCUGGUGCUCCGGAUGCUCCACAUGUUGGUAAAACGACAAAGAACUCGGCUGAGCUCACUUGGAUGAGGCCAACAUUUGAUGGAGGAGCGCCAAUUGAUGGAUACAUUGUUGAGAAGAGGAAAGUUGGAGACUCAAAUUGGUCUCGAUGCAAUGAGAAGCCAGUCAAGGACUGUCGCCUGAAUGUUGAAGGACUAAAGGAAAAAGAGCAAUACGAAUUCCGUGUGCGUGCUGUAAAUACAGCUGGUGAGGGUGAACCAUCAAGACCAUCAGAUCCAGUCACCAUUCAGGAUGCACCUGGUCGCCCGGUUUUCGAUCUCUCUGGCUUGCGGGAUAUUGUCGUACGAGCUGGUGAAACAAUCGAAAUCAAAAUCCCAUUCUCUGGUGGAAAUCCAAAACCAACAAUCGACGCUUUUAAUGGAACUCAGCCAAUCUACGAGGACUCGAGAACAACUGCUGAGGUGAUGCCCGAUCACAUCCUCAUCACUACCACAAACGCCAAGCGAACUGAUGGAGGACCAUAUAAAAUUGUGCUCUCUAAUCGAUUUGGUAAAGAUGAAGCGAAGUUGAAUGUCACUGUUUUGGACGCGCCUGGGAAACCAACUGGACCGAUCACUGCUAGUGAAAUUAGUGGUGAAGAAAUGACGCUUCAUUGGCGACCACCGAAAGAAGAUGGAGGCGCUCCGGUCACCAAUUAUGUUGUUGAAGCAAGGACGAAGAAUGGAGAAUGGAAGAGAAUUGGGCAACCAAUUGGAUGCCAAUUUAAAGCAAGAAAUCUCAUCAAGAAUCAAGACUAUGAAUUCCGUGUCUCGGCAGAGAAUCAAUUUGGAGUCGGCGAGCCGCUUGUUAGUGAUGAUUCCUUUAGAGCAAAAGAUCCAUUUGAUACCCCUGGAGCGCCUGGACGUCCAGAACCUAUGGAAACAAAUCCGGAUUCAAUCGUAGUGACUUGGACAAGACCGUACACUGAUGGAGGCUCACCAAUUCAAGGAUAUUAUCUAGAGAAGAGAGAGAAGGGAGGAGAUUGGGAAAGAGUUCAACAUGGCCUAAUUCCUGAAACUCGUUUCAAAGUCUACGGCUUGACAGCUAAGAAAGAGUACGAGUUUCGCGUCUGUGCUGUCAAUCAAGCUGGCAGUGGAGACUAUUCAGAGAAUAGUGUACCAGUUUUAGCAGACAAUGCUCCAUGCAAGCCGAAGAUUGACAUGGGUUUGUUGACAAGAGAUGUUACAGUUUAUGCUGGAGAGAUUGGAAAGGUUCUUGUACCCUUCGCUGCAACGCCAGCACCGAGAAUCUCUUGGAGCAAGAAUGGAGCAACAAUUGAUAAAAAGGAUCCACGUGCUAUCAUUGAUUUCAAUGACUAUUUAGCUACAUUGACUUAUAAUAAGUCUCAAUUGGAUGACACUGGAUCAUACACAAUAACAUUGGAGAAUUCAAUGGGAUCCGAUUCAGCAACAAUCAAAUUCAAAGUUGUUGACAAACCGGCACCACCUGAGGGACCAUUGGAGGUGACUGAUAUCUCACCCGAUGGUUGUCUUGUCUCAUGGAAAGAACCAAAAUCUGAUGGUGGAUCACCGAUCACUAAUUAUAUUUUGGAAAAGAUGCAUGUUGGUAGAGGAAAUGAUCGAUGGGAAAAAGUCUCAUCAUUUGUUCGAAACACGAAUCUUUAUGUGACCGGCUUGCACGAGAACGAGAAAUAUAAAUUCCGGGUACGAGCUGAGAAUCAAUACGGUGUCUCCGAUCCACUCGAGUGCCGAGAACCGAUCACUGCUCGAUAUCAAUUCAAUGUACCUGAUGCUCCCGAUCAACCAUCUGCGAGAGAUAUGGAUCGAACUUGGAUCGAUCUCAAUUGGGAAACCCCGCACGAUGGGGGAUCGAAGAUUUUGGGUUAUGUGGUGCAAUAUCGUGAUGUGAAUGUUGGAAAGUGGAUGACUGUGGGUAGAGAUAUUGUCAAGGAGAACAAUGUGCGAAUCGCUGGCCUCAGGGAUUGUGGAGAAUACGAGUUCCGAGUGCAGGCGAAGAACGCAGCUGGACUCUCGAAGCACUCGCCGGUGGCGAAACUGACGCUGAAGUCACGCAUCGCUCCACCCGGCCCACCAACCCAGCCAGCCGCUCAAUCAAUCGGCCGCAAUCACGUCACUCUCACCUGGGGCGCUCCCAUUGAUGAUGGUGGCUCAAAAGUCACUGGCUAUCAUGUAGAAAUGAGAGAAUAUGGAUCAUCCAACUGGUAUCAGGUCUCCGAUUAUGCCAUUCUUGAGCCAGAGUUCACUGUGCCUAACCUCAAAGAGUUCCACGAUUAUGAGUUCCGAAUUGUUGCCGAGAACAAGGCGGGUCGCGGUUUCCCCAGCUUACCCACUGCACCAAUCAAGAUUCAAGAGAUGGGUGGAUCGAAGCCGGAGAUUGUUGUCAAACCGGAAGAUACUACUCAACCGUAUAACAGACGAGCUGUGUUUGUUUGUGAAGCUGUGGGCAGGCCUGAACCUACUGCUAGAUGGCUGAGAAAUGGGAGAGAGCUGCCGGAAAGCACGAGGUAUCGCUUCGAAGCUCAUGAUGGAGUCUACAAGUUCACGAUUAAAGAAGUCUGGGACAUUGACGCUGGAGAGUACACAUGUGAGGUGGCAAAUGUGUUCGGAACGGACUCAGCCACAGCUAGACUUAUUGUUCAAGCACCGCCGGUGAUUGAACGAGAUGUACCGAACACGAUUCUUCCACUAAAUGAGAUGGUUCGCUUCAAGAUCUACUUCUCCGGUUCGGCGCCAUUCAAUCAUUUAUUGACGCUGAAUAAGAAAGAAGUGAGUGGAGAGCAUCCAACAAUUCGAACGGUUGAAUUUGAUGAUCAUUUCUUGAUCACAAUUACUUCACUUCAACCAACGGAAACUGGAAGAUACGAGUAUACAGUGAGCAAUGACAGUGGAGAAGCGACAACUGGUUUCUGGUUGAAUGUCACUGGUUUACCAACUGCUCCACAAGGACCAUUAUCUUUCGAACAUGUGGGCAAAGAUUAUGUGACACUUUCUUGGAGACCACCAGUUGAUGAUGGAGGCUCAAGAAUUAAGGGAUAUUUGAUUGAGAAGCGAGAUAUUUUGAGAGAAGAAUGGACCACUGUCGCCUCACAAGUCAGAGAAUUGUCCUACAUGGCGCAGGCACUUUUCGAGAAUCAUGAGUACGAGUUCAGAGUUUCGGCUUUUAACGAAAAUGGUGUUGGUGCGCCGCUCGUCUCCGAUAACUCGGUCAUUACAAAGCUGCCAUUUGAUCCACCUGGUCCACCAACGAAUGCUGAGAUUGCGCAAAUUGGAAGCGAUUUCCUUACUUUAUCGUGGCUUCGUCCGAUCUCUGAUGGUGGUGGUCGAAUUCGUGGCUAUGUGAUUGAAAAGAAAGAGGCUGGUACAGAGACGUGGGUACGCUGUAAUCAGACUCCAUCGGCUCCCAAUCAAUUCAAUGUACCAAAUUUGAUCGAUGGUCGUGACUACGAGUUCAGAAUCUUUGCUGUCAAUGAAGCUGGCUUCUCAGAAGCGCUUGAGGUGCCAAAGUUGAAAUUUUUGGCUGCUGGUGGUGGAUCACCGCCAGAAAUCAUCAGACAAGCCUCAGAUGUGUACGGAGAAACAGGUAGAUCAGUGACUUUCGAGUGUGAGAUUAAAGGAGAUCCAAGACCAGAGAUUAAAUGGUUGCGAGGGAUGAAAGAACUUGUUUCCACUUCGAAGUACACUUUAUUGAACAAGGGAACUAUUCAAACACUUAUUGUCAACGAUGUGCAAGCUGAUGACGCUGAUGAGUACUCUUGUCGGGCAGUUAAUGCAAAAGGAACGAGAACAACAAGAGCUCAACUCAAAGUCAAGACAAAGCCAAGAGUUUUCGUACCACCGAAAUAUCAUGGAGGAUAUGAGGCACAAAAGGGUGAAACGAUUGAGAUUCAAUUGCCAUAUAAAGCUUUCCCAGCUGGUGAGGGAAGAUGGACAAAAGAUGGGGAAAAGAUUGAGAAUGGAGGGAAAUAUUCGAUCACAAGUGAUGAGAAAACGGUGACAUUGAGAAUUUCGGGAGCAUCGAGAGAAGAUUAUGGAACGUAUCGAGCGACAGUUGAGAAUGGAGUUGGAAGUGAUUCAGCUUCAGUCACAGUCACAGUGGCUGAUCGACCCGAUCCACCGAGAGCACCACAGAUUGAAAAUGUUCUCGAUGAGGCAGUGAUUCUCUCAUGGAAACCACCACAGCUUGAUGGCGGAUCUCUUGUCACUGGGUACACUGUCGAGAAGAGAGACACAACUGGAGGACAAUGGACUCCAUGUGCUAAAUCGAGAUUCACCUACAUCACGAUCGAGGGACUCAAAGCUCAACACCAAUACGAAUUCCGGGUGACAGCUGAGAAUAAACACGGAAUCUCGAAUCCAUGUGAACCAACAAAUGCUGUCACAAUUCCUGGUGAUGGCCGUCGUCGAAGAAGGAAUUACGAUGUGGAUGAGAGUGGAAAGAUCAUCCGGGGACGGGGAACGCCCGCUUCCAAUUAUGAUGUUUAUGUCUUUGAUGUUUGGAAGCAAUAUUAUCCAGAAGCUGUCGAUAUCAAGACAUCGUCAAUCUAUGAUAAAUACGAUAUCUGUGAGGAGAUCGGAAGUGGAGCAUUUGGAGUGGUUCAUCGAUGUGUUGAGCGCUCAACGGGCAACACAUUUGCUGCCAAAUUUGUCAACACUCCCCAUCAAACCGAUAAAGAAACCGUCAAGAAAGAGAUUCAAGUGAUGAAUGCAUUGAGAAAUCCAUCGCUAAUCCAUCUCCAUGAUGCUUAUGAGGAUGAUCACGAGAUGGUGAUGGUUUAUGAGUUUAUGAGUGGUGGAGAGCUCUUUGAGAAAGUCGCUGAUGAACAGAACAAAAUGAGCGAGAAAGAAGCUGCGAACUAUAUGCGUCAAGUUUGUGAGGCACUUCGUGUCAUGCAUGAGAACAAUCAUGUGCAUUUGGAUUUGAAACCCGAGAAUAUCAUGUUCACAUCGAAGAAGAGUGACAAACUGAAAUUGAUUGAUUUCGGUUUAGCCACUCCAUUGGAUCCAAGAAAUCACGUGAAAGUCACCACUGGAACCGCGGAAUUUGCGGCUCCUGAAGUAGCGAAUGGAGAAGCUGUUGGAUAUUACACUGAUAUGUGGAGUGUUGGAGUGCUUUCGUAUAUCUUAUUAUCUGGUCUUUCACCAUUUGGUGGAGAAACUGAUGAGGAAACGCUGAAAAAUGUUCGAUCUUGUGAUUGGAGUAUUGACGAUCCAGCAUUCUCAGGAAUCUCUGAAAACGCGAAAGAUUUUGUGAAGAAGCUUUUACUUAAGGACCCUCGAGAGCGAUUAUCAAUCUUCGAUGCUUUGGAUCAUCCAUGGUUAUCAUCGGGAGAAACAGCAAAUUACGAUGACACAAUCCCAUCAAGCAGAUAUAGAAAUAUUCGGGAUUCGGUGAAGAGGAAAUAUGAUGCCUGGCCUGAACCCCUUCCACCAAUGGGUCGAAUGGCAAACUACUCAUCACUGAGAAAACUUCGCCCAACCGAGCACUCCAUUCGUGACGCUUACUUUGAUCGACAAGAGGCCACUCCUCGCUUCAUCAUUCGUCCAUUCUCGACCACAUGUGCUGAGGGUCAAUCCGCGUCAUUCUUUUGUCGUGUGCUCGCCGCUUCACCUCCAAUUGUCUCGUGGCAUCACGGAGCAAAAGAGUUGAGACAAUCCGUCAAAUAUAUGAAGAAAUAUGAGGGAUCUGACUACACACUGCUCAUCAAUCGAGUCAAAAUGGAUGACAAAGGAGAGUACACGGUUCGCGCUCAAAACUCUUAUGGAGCUCGCGAAGAACUCGUCCACCUCACCGUUCUCAAACAAUCCGUUGAAUUCGAGUCGAAACCUUUAGAACCAAUGCGAAAGGUCGAUUUGCCCAAAGUGGAAGAGUUCAAGGAAAAGCGCGCGGCACCGAAAUUCUCGUUCCACUUGCGACACCGGCUCAUCCAGAAAAAUCACCAAUGCAAACUCAUUUGCAAUUUGUCUGGAAAUCCAGUUCCAAAGGUUGAAUGGUUUAAAGAUGGUCGACCGGUGGACGCAGAUCGAGUCCAAUUGACGUAUCGAUCCGGUGUUGCUUCGUUGGAGAUCUUUAACGCGAGGAUGGAAGAUGCUGGCGCAUAUUCUUGUGCUGCCACAAAUGAAUUGGGAGAAGAUCAGACUGAAUGUCUGGUAACGGUGCAGGGUCGUGGUGGAUCGGUGCGUGAGCCGAUCCCCGAUCUCUCCGCCUAUACAAGACCGCGACGAGAUCGCGACUCGUCCACUCUUCGUGUUGGUGGAGAUGUUGAACGUUCAUAUUCGAGUGCGGACAUUGCAAGAAGGGCUCGUGAUGUGUCGCCUCUUGCUUCUCGUGAUGAUAUUCGGCUUGGUUUGAUGAGG